CCGAAAGAAGGAAAAAAAAAAAAGGAACCAAGCUGCCGGCAACAAUCUUCUUGAAGAAACCGGUAGAAAGCUUGGAUAUUUCUCCUUCUUUUCUUAUUCUAGGACUGAAAUUGAACCCAGAAUUCUUUCCCCGGUAGAGAAAUUUCCAGAUCUGCUCUGCUCUGCUCUUCCUCCCCUGUCCGCUGGUGCUGCUAAGUACGAAUUUCUGGGCUUUUUCCGCCCCGUGAGCUUCCCCUGCAACUCCCACCGACUGCCAAGCUCGCCAGACCCGGUUUGCUAACCGAAAAUUCGGGCUCUUGAUCCUUGGGGCACUUUAGUAUGUGGCUUGAGUCCCCGGUUUAUGCGAGUGAGUUUCUAUGUUGAGGUAAGUAAAUUAUGGUAACGCCCUUCGACUUUAAAAGUAUAUUUUAACUUGUUUUUGAAGUGGUGGCGGGACUAAACCCAUUUUAUACAAAAAUGAGCAUGAUUGAUUUGAAAUAAAAUUAUUAUUCUUUUUAUUGAUUUGAGCAUGCCUGCUUGGAGUUUAUUUAACUGCCCUGAUGAUUUGGAAAUUAUCUGUAAAGUAUGAUUUUCUGUUAAAUUCUGCCUGUUUUGUCUCCAAUAUGGUCAUGUUAUUCGUGUGCUCGCUAGUGGGAGGUUUAUAAACGCUAGCACAUGUCGACAUGUAUUUCUGUAGAGCCGGUUCCUCCUGCCAGUGGGAGUUGUUAAACAUUGGUAUUUCUGUGAUCUUGAUAGUGGGAUUAUACACUAGUAAAUCGUGUGCCUGCCAGUGGGAGGUUUAUAACACUAGCCAUGACCUAUAGAGGAGACGUCUAUUUCAUUCCUGUACUAUAUCUGUUUUUCGUGAUGAUACUUGUUGGCAUGCUAUAAGUUUAAUUAAGGGCUAUCCAUAUUUUACUUACUGAGUUUAUCUCAUAGUUUUUUCUUGUUCACCAUUUUAAGAAGCGAAGUCAAGGACGGGGAAAAACAAGGGGAGUGACGAGUUAGAAGGCUAGCCAUCUUGUAAAUUGAACAUGGAUUUUAGAUAUAAAUCAUGAUCUUGUAAACUAGACUUAUUUGGAGAUCUUAUGAUAUUAGAGCAAAUUUUGUAAUUUUAUCUUUAGAUUUUGUGGUAUCAGAUUGUGAAUUGGAUAAGUUCCAAGUCUUGUGCAUUUGUGGGAUCCUCUCACAAGUGUACGGCAUCUGCCACAUCCCUGGAUUUGGGUUCUGGGGCGUGACAUUCUUGC